CGCGCGGUACUAACAGGAACAUAACUCACUUCACGUUGUUUGACAGAACGGUAUCUCGUCAUCAGCAAGUAGCAAUUUUUCGUGUAAUUCGGAGCUGCUGACCGCGCGUUUAGUCGCAGCCAGCUGACGUCGUCGCGUAAACGUCACUUCUUCAAACAGUGCAUUCAUCUCUCAGCUUCGCGCGAAUUUACGAAAAAUGGCAGACGUUAGGUUACUCAUCCAAGAAGAAGGUCGUGCAGCUAGGAACUUGGUAGCCUUUAAUGUACCCGUUGGCACGAAUAACGUAGAGAAAAUUACGAAGAAACCACCCAGUGUACCAAGGCAAACACAAUCUAGUUCGACAAAGCGAUCCAUGAAACCAACCACGAGAGUAAGGUCCGCUUCUACAGGUCGUGACAAAAAGUCUGAAUUACAGGCACGAUAUUGGGCGUUUCUAUUUGGGAAUUUACAAAGAGCGGUCGAUGGUAUCUAUCAAACGUGCGAAGAGGAUGAAAAUAUUUCCGAGUGCAAAGAAGUUAUUUUAGUGCUUGAAAACUAUACCCGAGACUUUCAUAAUUUAAUAGAAUGGUUCAAAGUUAAGUGGGCUUAUGAAAAUUCAGCACCACCGUUACGACGAACUCCAUUGGCCUGGGAAGUUAGGAAAACAUCUCCUUGUCGGAUGUGGAAUUCAAUGAUAAUUCCAAAGUCCACUAGUCCCUUGCAGAGAUCGAGUCCGACAGAAUCGAUUUGCAAAAGUCCAGUCGAUCAAAUUAUAUGUGAAAAUAAACCGAUUGUAACGGACAACAAAGUUAAUCAUGCUAAAGAGGAAUUUGUCCAUAAAUUGUUAAAAGAUAGUAAAAAUAAUGUUUGCAAGAAUUGUUCUUCCGAUAUUAAAGAGAAACGUAAGAAUGGAGCAGACAAGACAGGAAACCAAAUAGCAAAUAAGGAAAAAUCCAUGUCAACGAAAACAUCUAACAAAGUUCUUGUGAAACAAACAGUACAAUCGAAAACUAAUAAUAGUUUUGUGGAUCGUAGGUUAAAUGAUAGUGUAACAUAUGAUUCGAAGAAUAAAAUGGACGUUAAAAAUAUUUCUAAACAAACAAAGGACUGUGUGCAUAGCAACAUUGUAAAAUUAGUUGAUUCUAAUUUAUCUGUAGAAAAACGAGAACAAACGUGUAGAAUUGAUAAAAAUGUUCAGCUAAGUUCAUGUCCUAAUUGUGAACUUAUGCAAAAGGAAUAUAAUGGAGUGAACGUUAAAGAUAGUAAGACAGAUGGAAAAAAUGUGGAUAGCAAAUUGUCAUAUAAUAAAAAUAAUGGAAAGAAUGAAAUUAAUACCAAAGUUAUAAAAGAUAGUAACAGAAAGUGUGAAAACAACAUUAAUGCUGAAAAGUUGAGUACAAAGACAGCCAUUCUUCAGAAUACUUCAGAAAAGAUAAAUCAGGUUGAUUGUCAAAUAAAUAAGCAAAUCGGCGACAAAUCAAGUACUAAAGAUAUUCAGAAUGCAUCAUCUAACAACAUUGAGAAAAAUCUUGUGAUAAUUAGCACGGAUAGACCAGCCUAUUCAACUGUAUCACAGACAAAAAGAUCCAAAGAACAGUCGUCAAUUUCAUCCGAAACUCCAAAGUUUGUUAGAAGUAAAACUUGUUUAAGUGAUAAAAAUUUACCUGCCUCAAGUAAAAGAAGGCCUGGAACAUCUGUUAUUGUGAGAGGACGGUUUCAAACUCCUGAAAAUAAGUUAUCAGAACAAAAUACUUUAAAAAAAGAUCAAAAUAGAGACAUGAACGGAUCAGUAGAAGUUUUAACCAAGCAAACAGUAUCUCCAAAGUUAAAAGAUGAAAGUGAUGGCUGGCAAACAGUAAGAAAUCGUUGCAGAAGAGGAAGCACUCAUAACUUGAAUAUGUCCACACGCUUUCAUAAACCAAGUACUGCUCUAUCUUUGCCAGCUUUAUCAAUAGAAAGUCCAUCAGAGAAGCUGAAGAAAAGUAGUUAUACUCCUGACGGAAACAAACAAAAGAAGAAAUGUAUUGUAGGAAAAACUGGCAAAAAUAUGAAUAAUGAAGUUGAGAAAGUUAAAGGAGAAUAUAUAACAUCUACGAUUAAAAGUAAUAUUGAAGACACACUUAAAAAGAACACAAUAAAUUUGUGCGAUACUAAUUCGACAUCAGUAAUCGCAGCUAUCUUUAAGAAUGAUGCAGAAUUACUUGAGAAACGUAUACAGCAGUUUAUGACCGCUCAGGCAGAGAGAGAAAGAAUUAUUCUAGAAGAAGAGAGGAAGACAGAAGAAGCAGAUUCUCAAAGAUCUCAGCAGCUAUCAGAUGAAGAAGCGUCCUUAAAACGGCAGAUUUUAGAGUUGGAGUCCACUGAAAUUGAUGUUGACACUGAAACAGAUGAAACGGAUGGUGAAAUGGUUCUCGAAAUGGAAGACGAACCUGCAGUACCGCUUAGUGUGGUCACUGAUGAUAUUAGUUUAGAAGAUAGGUAUGGAAAUAUGUUAGAAGGAAUGUCUUGGGCGGAACGAGUCGAUACUCUUGCACAAUUGCGUGCAUUAGUAGCUCGCCAUCCUGGACGUGCUUUAGAACUACAUCAGAAACUUUCAUCUCCAUCACGAAAAAGAUCGCUUCCUGAAACAUUAAGAAGAUAUCAAGCAAAACAAGCAUGUGCUCAACAUAAACGUCAAAAGCUACUUAUGGAGAAAUCGCAACGGUUGCGAGAAUUAUUGAAUAAAGUGGAAGACGUCAAAAGUGCAAAGAAUCAGUUAAUAGAGGACAAAAGGAUCAGAAUGGAAAUGAAACUUAAGAGGGCAGAAGAAAACAGAACACAACAUUUAUUAGAAAUAGUAAGGAAAGCACAUGAUGAAGAUUCGAAGUUGAAGGAAAUAGCUUUUAUCAAUGAACUGGAGGCACAAAAUAAAAGACACGAUUUUAUGGCAUUAUGUCAAGAACAAGAAGAGAGAUUACAGGGUAUUCAAGAAGAACGUCAACGGCGACAAGAGGAGAAAGCUGCCAAAGAAGCUGCAGCUGAAGAACGUCGAAGAGCUUUGGAGGCAGAACGGCAGUUACGAAUACAAAAAAUGAAACAGGCACGACGAGAACGUGAGGAAAGGGUUGGCAAAAUGCAACUUGAAAGAGAAAAAGAACGACAAGAAUUAGCGAGAGAAAAAGCACGAGAUCGCGAAGAACGCUUAUCGGCACUUCAUGCAGCUCAACUAGCUAAUCAAGAAGAGCUGCAGAAGAAAAUAGCGCAAAAACAGCAAGAAUCCGCUAGACGGCAUGUAGAAAACAUUGAGCACAUUCGGCAACGUGCAGUUGAAUCUUCAAUUUUAAGAUCAGAGGAAGUGCCACCUACUCUCAAAUCGUAUCCUGCUCAAAAACAAUGUUCUCUGUGUGGCACAAUUAUAUCUAACGAAGUACAUCUUCUAAGUCAUUUGAAAGGAAAGACGCAUCUUGAGGCAGUACGAAACGCGCAUGAUAACCGCGAGCCAUCGCGAGAUGAACUUCAGCGUUUUAAUAUUGCACAGAUACGGGACGUUCCUGUCACUAUAGUUAAUAAUAAUAACGCAAAUAACAACAAGGCUGCGAAAGAGAAGCAAAAAGCAUUGAAACGCCGGUGCAGAAAGAUAAAACAACGUAUGAGCUCACGCGGACAGGAAUGGGAAGACAAAUACAAAAGUGAGACUAAUCAAAAUUUAUCUGUCGAAUCGGCCAAUAAAGCCAAGUUUCGGCGCAAUUUGAAAGAAUUAGACAGAUUAUAUAAUAAUCAUUCCAAAUCAGCAUGGUCAAACAUAGCAUUGGCCACUUUGGAACGCUGCUUAGGGGAAAUUGUUCGAGCAUUCUCCAAAUCGUGUCCACUUGAUCAAGAUACUUUUAGAUAUUUGAAUGGAUUUGACACUUUAACGAAUUUAUUGAAUUUAGGUUUAAAUAUACAAAAUGCAUCUCACAUUUUACCGAAUAAAGUAAUUGCAUCGUUGUGCCGAGUGUACAAAGCAGGGGUCAGUGGAAAUACAGAAAGUACAGAAGCUAUUUUAUUAAGCAACAAAAUUCUUGUUAUAUUAGAUCUACUUCUACAACGUUUGGAGACUCUGACUAGUUUUGACGACCACGCUCAGACUCAGGAUGUAUCCGCCAAUUCAACCGGAAACGGUACAGUAGCUGCUAGCGCGACGCAAUUGCUGUGCAGCCUGAUCCCUGAAGAGCCCUUUGAGAAAACGGUCUUACAGACUCGCGUUCAAGAUAUUGCUGGAUAUCUGGUAGCCGGCAGCUUAGUGGAUCGCGUGUCACGCCACAGUCGGGCCCUGAUCGAGACGGAUUUUUUUCUGGAUCAGGAGCAUGAAUCGCCGUUGUUGGUAUCAUCUUACGAUCUCCUCGCACGUAUCUGCAGUCAUCUGAGGAGGUCCGUCGAUCAAGAUUCUGUCAGCGUGCACGGCGAGAGCAGCAGCGGUGUAGAGCAAACGAGUAACGAGUCGCACUUGUUGUCGACUUUGUCGAUGACUGAGGCAUCGAGUGUGAUCGGCGCUCUUUAUGCUGCGGUCGCGUACAUACCGCAGAAUCAGAAAGGUGCUUCGCCCACCCCUAGCCAGACAUUCACGACCGCUGUGCGGACUCUGGCCAGCUACGGUCUCAAGCUCCUUAAAUCGAUCGCAGAACUCGAUCUUCGGACGCUGCAGAGCUUCUUGGGCGCCGAGGGCACGAGCCUGCAAUGGCGGCUGAUAGCGAGUCAUCUAAUAACUCGACUGUCCCGCGACUCUUUGUCGGACAAGUCGGAGAUGGGCUCUAUGCCGAAUACGAGCAGUAUUCACAUCCUCUCGGAAUUGUUUGUGGUGCUCGGGUACUUCUCUCUUAACAAUCCAGACAAUCAGCUGAUUCUCCAGUCGGCUGGCGCGGGUCCCAGCGUCCUUCAGCAGCUGUGUACUCUGCCAUUCCCGUUUUACGGAGAUCCCAGAUUGAUACCGUACACGUUACCGGCACUUCUCGCUGCUACCCAUCACAAUUCGGAAGCAAUGGCGAUAUUGUCUUGCGAAAUGUCGUACGAGUUGCUGGAGCAGUACAGAAAUUCGGAUGAAGGUAAAUUAAAUCCUUUAGUGCGGCUGCUGAAGGAUAUCGCCUAGUCGUUGACUAUGUUUAAUAGGUUUCACUAAAGGUUUGAUUAAUUUAAUGUUGUUUCUUAGAGCUUAUUAAGCAUCAUUAGACAUUAUAGUUUGUGCGUAUCAUUAACGGAAUUAUUGAUAGGAUCGUUAUACCGAAUAAUCGCUUCUUCGAUGAAAUAAAGAGAAAGUAAAGAUUGAGAGAUUGCAUCGGAUGCAAUUCAC